UGUGCGCAUGCGUAUUUCUUGACUGUCGGAUUUUUUUUUCCGUCUCACUUCAGGAAGACCUAUCAGCCAGUAUCCUGAAAUAAAAACUGAAAUCAUGGGAGUGAAUGACUUGUGGCAGAUUUUAGAGCCUGUUAAAGAAUAUGUUCCAUUACAAAAUCUUAAAGGGAAAACCUUGGCUGUGGACAUGAGCUUAUGGGUUUGUGAGGCUCAAACUGUGAAAGGCAUGAUGGGAACUGUUAUCAAACCGCACCUCAGAAAUUUGUUUUUUCGCAUUUUAUGUCUCUCUUUGAUGGACGUGAGACUUGUCUUUGUGGCAGAGGGAAAUGCACCAAAAUUGAAGGCUGACACAAUGCAUAAACGGAAUGAGGCAAGACGUGGUUUGCCCAGAAAGCCGAGCAGCUUUACUGUUCGAACAAAAAGAUCCCAUUUUAAAUCUGUUCUUAAAGAGUGCUGUGAAUUGCUGGAUUGUUUGGGCAUCCCAUGGGUUUGUGCAGCUGGUGAGGCCGAAGCUAUGUGUGCCUACCUAAAUGAAAAUGGAUAUGUCGAUGGCUGCAUCACCAAUGAUGGUGAUGCUUUCUUGUAUGGAGCUCAAAUUGUGUACAGAAACUUCACCAUGAACACAAAGGACUCUCAUGUGGACUGCUAUAAAAUGUCAGCAAUUAAAUCCAAAUUAGGCCUUGACCGAGACACAUUGAUUGGUUUUGCAAUUUUGCUUGGCUGUGAUUACUUGCCAAAGGGAGUUCCAGGGGUUGGGAAGGAACAGGCUUUGAGGUUGGUUGAGACAAUGAAUGGACAGAGCCUACUUCAGAGGUUUAAACUCUGGAAGCUAGAAUUUGAGGAUGUUGCUACUCGUGAUACAGCUGUUGAAAAAAAAGCACACUGCUCAGUGUGCCGACACCCAGGAUUAGCCAGGGAGCAUGCAAACAAGGGCUGUCGAUUAUGUGCAAGUGAUCGGUGCUGUUUACGGCAUGGUAAUGACUAUCUAUGCCCUUGUGAUUGGCAUCAGGCAGAGCAGAAGAGGAAAGCCAGUUUGGUGGAGAGCAACAUCAAAAAGAAAGCAAAAGCUUGUGAGCAUUUCCCAUUCGAAGAGGUGAUCAGAGAAUUUCUUAUCAGUAAAGACCAGCUGGUUCAAAAUGUUCAAUGGAAGCGACCAAAAUUGCUUUUACUUCAGAAUUUUGCCCUGGAUAAAAUGGAGUGGCCUAGACAUUACACAUGUGAGAAGGUGCUGAUGUUACUCUCACACCACGAUAUGAUGGAAAGAAAAUUGGGAAAAAGAGAUGCGUGUCAUUUACAACCAAUAAGCAUUGUCAAAACAAGAAUUCGGAAUGGGGUUCCAUGUUUUGAAAUCCUAUGGGGAAAGCCAGAACAUUACAUUUACUCAAAUGAUCAAUCUGAAGAUUCUCAGAACACUGUCACAACCAUAGAAGAUCAAGUUCCCUUUCAGGCAGCAUACCCUGACAUGACUGCUCUAUUUCACAGGCAGAAAGCUGAAGAGAAGGAGAAGAAACAAAAAAGUAAAAGCAAGAGAAAAGACAGAAUAGCUCCAUUGCCUGAUGAAAUCACACAACUACUGGUUGAAAUGAAGUUACAACCUUCCCAUGAAGGUGAAGUUUCAGCAGGAAGUGAACCUGUUCAAAGAAGUGCAAAUCAGGAGGCAAAUCUCUCCAACUCCUCGCUUUGGAAUCUUUCCAUUGGCUUUUCAACUGAAGACUCUCAGGUGUCCAAAGAAUUCUGGGGAAUAUCUCCAAAUGAAAUUGCACAACCUGCAGUUAAACUCGGUGCAGAAAUAGGAAAAUCUGACUGUGAGUCUUUAUCUCUUACAGAAUCAGAAAAUAGAUUUAAUGCCUGUUCACUAUCCCCCUCGGUGUCUAUGUUAGUUGAAGAGUUGCAUUUGAGUAGCAUUGACUGGAGUCAAUCAUUUAGUACACCACUGUCGGAGUGCACUGCAAUAACUCGAGCUGAAACACCUGAAGAGGCUCACAUGGUCAUUAAUAAGAAGUGCUGUGUUCCCAUGGACUCUACCAGUAAACUGACAGAAGACGAGGCAUUGAAGGAAAAUACUGCAGUGUCUAGGCAAGAUCCUGUUCGAAAAAAUAUGAGGGAAUUAGUUCGUGAGGAUGCAUCUAUGCUGGAUGAUUUCUAUCAUCUACCUUUAAAAGACCGAAUUCUAUUAAAGAACUCAUGUCAGUUUUUAUCUCUACGUCAAUCAAGUACUAAUUCCAGUGGAACCAGCUUCCUGCCAUGUUCCUCUGGUCAUAAAAAUGAUGUGUCAUCUCCUAAAGCUGAUGUUGAGUGUCUUAUUCAAGGAAAGCUUGCAAAUAAUAUAACUUUUUGGAAUAAAGAGGGAUCCACUGGUUGUGACUUCUCAGACACUGAAUGUCUUCAGCAAGAGCAAAGGGACGUUUGCACUUCUGACCCAACUGCAACUCAACAUGCCAGACCGUUAACUGUGUUAGCUAAACGGAAUUUAAUGGAUUCAAUGGAGGAGGUUUUUGGAACUCAUGGUCCAGCUAUGUAUUCAUACCAAGCUUCAAAGAUGGAUAGCAUCUCUUUUAAACUGAAGAGAAACAAACCAGCCAAACUACACAGAAUGAAACUGGUGAAUGGAAAUGCUUCAACAGUUCAAAAAAAAAGUGUUUGUUACAAACUGUCAUCAUCCAGCGAAGACAGUGAUACUGAGAAUUCAAGAAUGAUACAAAAGCUUGGCGUAAAACCCAGAACUACAGAGAAUACUGUGAUGCGAUCCUGCAUUGCAAAUCACAGCCAAUUAUGGGCUCAGCAGACCCAAUCCAGAUCUGCCAUUGGUAGAGCAGGUCACACCAGGGUAGAUGCUGGAUGCACUCAACUCAAAGUAGUCAGCAAUGCUGGCAUUGGCACAACUGAACAAACUCAAUCAAUACAUCAGCACAGCAAAGCUCACAGCAAAAUUGUCACAUCCCAGAAAAAUACCUCUGAUGCUAAAACAGAGGGUGGAAGCACUGCUGUCCUGCCAAGACCUGAUCUGAGUGGUGUGCCAAUCCUUAAGCAGCUCAGCAAUAAUGAUGAUUCCAUCAUAGUAAUAAGUGACAGCCCCCUUCCAUUGUCAGAAAGGCUGAAGUUUUGACUCCAAAGUAUUUGAAUUAUUACUGAAAUGCAGGCACCCAAGAACAGGUUCUCUAGUGGCAGAACUUUCCCCCCCGUUGAGGGAGAUGUUGAAGAGCGGGCACGCAGAAGCACGCCUCUGAUCAGCGCCCCCGAUUGAGGGUGCGCUGCCAUUUUACAUGGGCAGGCCAAUUAAGGCCCACCCAGCGUGA